AUGAAAUCUUCAGCGUUGCCUCUGGCAGUUGGAGUACUGCUCUCUUCAACAACAUGUGUUCUUGCUGGCUGGGAGCAAGAGCCUCUGAGGCCAGCUAUCAACCCGAACAAGUACCGCGCAGCAUGUCCAGAUUACAAACAUUAUGCUACAUGGCGUCAUGAACCAUUUAGUGAUGGACCGCUUGAGCUACCCUUCCAACGACCCUCGAAAUACUGCCGAACGUUCCAGUCACCCCUCGUGGAGCGGGUCAUCGAAGACUUCAAAGAGAAAAUUGUCGAUAAAGAUCUCGCUCGAUUGUUCGAAAACGCCUUCCCAAACACGCUAGAUACUACCGUACGAUGGCACGUCGACGGCACGACCAAACAGAAAAUGACCAAGAAGCAUUGGGACCCAGCCGCCUGGCAAGGCCCUCAAAGCUUCAUAGUGACUGGUGAUAUCAACGCAGAAUGGCUGCGCGACUCGACAAACCAACUCGCGCAAUACCAACUCCUCGCAAAGAAAGAUGAAGGUAUCCACCGGCUCAUUCUGGGGGCCAUCAACACCCAGGCAGAAUAUGUCAUCGGCUCCCCUUACUGUAAUGCGUUCCAGCCUCCUCCUCCGAGUGGCAUCUCCCCGACCUUUCAAGGUGAUGGCGAUACGGUCCACCCCGCCUACGAAGAAUCCUUUGUCUUUGAAUGUAAAUACGAACUCGAUUCCCUCGCACACUUUCUCUCCCUAUCCAACCAAUUCUACAACCACACGGGUUCCACGGCCUUUGUCAACGCGCGCUGGCUCAGCGCCCUCGACACCCUCCUCUCCGUGCUCACCGACCAGUCAAAGGGCACCUUCAACGAGACCACGGGCGAAUACCAAGGCAACGAAUACCGCUUCCAACGGCGAACCAAUUCUGGCACCGAAACACUCGGGCUCAGCGGCGUGGGUAACCCCUUAGCCAGCAACACAGGCCUCAUCCGCUCAGCGUUCCGCCCUAGCGACGAUGCCACCAUCCUCGGCUUCUUCAUCCCCGCAAACGCCAUGAUAGCCGUCGAACUCGCGCGCACAGCCGCCCUGCUCAAAGCCGCCGACAAGAAAACGCUCGCGACCGAAGUCAACACCUGGGCCGAAACCAUCAACGCCGCCGUGUGGGAGCACGGCGUGGUGACGCACAAAACGCAUGGCAAAGUCUUCGCCUUUGAAGUCGACGGCUACGGCUCCAGCAUCCUCAUGGACGACGCAAAUCUCCCCUCGCUCCUCUCCCUGCCCCUCCUCGGCUUCACCUCGACCGACAACGAAAUUUACAUGAAUACCCGCAAGAUGAUUCUCCAGAAACAAUCAAACCCAUACUACCUCGUCGGCAGCGACUUCAGCGGCAUCGGGGGGCCCCACGUCGGCCUCGAAAGCGCCUGGCCCAUGAGUGUCCUCGUGCAGGCCAUGACGAGCGAGGACGACGAGGAGAUUAUGAAGUGUUUGUCCAGCGUGAUGAAUGUGAGUAUUCGGGGGUUAAUCCAUGAGAGUGUCAAUGUCGAGGAAGGGUUCCGAUAUUCCAGGAGUUGGUUCGCCUGGGCAAACUCCGUCUUCGCACAGACAAUCUUGGAUCUGGCCCAGCGCAAACCGCAUCUACUCUUUGGAAAGGACGCACAGCCAUACGUGCUUUAA